CGGUCGGCAGCCAACAAGCGGCCGUGCCACGUCUUCGUCGACGACGAGCUCCAGUUCGAUCCUUAACGGGCGGAUCGCCCGCUACGGCGAGAGCAAUUGCAGUUCUUUCGAGACGUGUGCGCGAUUAGCCGUGGCAACGCGACGCGACGCGACCCGACCCGACCCGACACGCCACGGAUAUUUUCGUCAGAGAUUCUUGCUUCGAGUACAAUAUCUCGAAAUUCGCGGUGAAAGGUCGCGCGUUAUACCUGCGCGCGCGAGAGACUCUACACAUCGUCGUCGUCGUCGUCGUCGUCGUCGUCGUCGGCGGCGGCGCAAAUUAUUCACGUCGCGACCAAUUGUUCGUCGAAUCAAAAGCUCUCUGUACCAUGACAAAACCACGCGAGAAUGUGGGCAACGCUUCGCACGAAGCUCGUAUACCCCGCGCGAGUCGGUGCAUACGUCGCUGCAACGGAUGUUCUAUAUGCGGCAGAACGGAAUGGAACGGAGCGGAGCGGAUAGGACCGGAUGCGGAGCGCUUACGGCCGGUACCUAACGCAAGCGUGCUCCUUCCUGCUCAAACUCGGUGUCGGUAAAAAAACAGGCAUGGCGAGUGCAGCAGCGGCCGGUCUCGAGGUGCACGAGGCGGGCCGGGCUUUGCGCGUGCAAACGGAAGCGCCGCAUCUCGUCUCCAUGGGAAGCGGCAGACUGUCGACGGCCGUGACUCUGCAUCCUCUACCCGAAGGCAAGAUCACGCUCGGAUCGAGCCGGGAUGCGGAUAUUUCGAUGGCCGGCACCGGCGUCGAGCCGAUACAUUGCGCGAUCGAGAACAAUAACAGUGUGGUCACUCUUCAUCCCAUAAAUGGAAACAACACGUUUGUCGACGGUGUGCCGAUAAAUUCGCCAGUGAGACUCGCACAAGGUUGCAUGCUCUCGAUAGGUCGUUCGAAUUAUAUGCGUUUCAAUCACCCGGCCGAGGCGAAACACCUGCGAUCCAUCCUGCCUCACUCAAGGAUCUCGAUGGCGCCUAUAAGUUUCUCCUCGCUGACCGACGGCUCGCAGCCGCCGGAGAAACAUCAUUUGGAACGAAAACCGCCGGUCGCGCCACGAAAGUCCCCCAGGAACUCGUGCUCCGACGACGAGAUGGGCUUCCUCGGCAAACUGACGAAAUUCGAGAUGCUGUCGAAGCAGAGUCGGGCCAGAGACUGCGUCUCGCCAAAGGUCUUCCCGGCCGGCGCACUCACGACGAACGUGCCGGCCGAUCAGAUCCUCGGUCACUCGAGAUCGUCCAGCCUGGUGUCCCUGCCGGCGAGAUCGCCGGUGAACGGCUGCGACAACGACAGCAGCUCUCCGUCGCGAAACUCGACGGCGGCGGGUCGUCGAGGCGGAGGCGGCGGCGGCGGCAGCGGCGGCGGCGGCGACGUCGUCCCGGAUCCGCCGCGCAGCACGUCGACCACCCGAUCGGGGGCGAGCAACGUCUCGCCACAAUGUCACAAUCACAAUCAGAUCAGAAUGUACUCGGCGGAGACCUAUCUGAAGACGUGCAAGCAGCCUUAUUACCGCCGCGAGUGCAGCAGCGGCGGUAACGUCAGCAGCAGGAACGCAGCGCGAAGCGACCUCAUGUCCCGCAGUAUGACCUGUCAGAGCUCGAACGAGCUCGAGCACUACGACCGCGACUACGACAUGAGCCAAAGCCUGAUCGUUACGAAGACGACCACCUGCACCGAGUUCCUGCAACUGGGAUCGAAGUACGGAUCGAAUCCGAGCGUCCGCGACGCCAACAGCGACGUCGGAGACGAGACCGCGGCUCGCGGUUUCGGCUCGAAUCCGAACAUCAAGCGGACGAUUCAGCCACCGAGCCCGGCGUUCAAUCGAAAUCCGCGGUACAGCGAGCAGAAGAGGGUUCACGCGACGGUCAAAAGUCCCGGUGCGAGCGGCUGUUCCGUCGAGGAAUCGCGGGAGAGACAGGCCGACGCGCAGGAGAACAAACGCAGAGAGGCGGAGGCCAGGAGGAAACGAGCACAGGAAGAGAGGCUGAGGGAGCAAGAGGUCGAGAGGCAGGAGAAAAUGCGACUGGAGGAGAUCCUGGCAAUGUGCGCCGAGUACGAGAGACAGAGCACCGUCGAAAAGCCGAGACAGCCGAAUCGGAUAAUAACAAACGGAUCUCUGCCACGCGACAAGAGACUCGGCUACCACUCGCCCUUUAACAGCCCGAAGAGCCCAUCGAAGAAUCAACCGCACUUCUCCUUCGACGUUUGCAAACAAACCGGCGGCUGCGGCACGGCGUCGUCGUACGAGAACGUGUUUGUGCAAAAUUCCCAGCUCGUCUUCCAGAACGGUGAUUCGCCCGUCAAUCGUAAGGACCAUCGAUUCGUCGAAGCCGACGUUGCCGCGGGACCGUUGCACCUGUUGGCGACCACGUCCAACGACGGCGAUCAUCAGCCGGCAAAGUUCCGGCCAAACGUUCGCGACGCGAGCAGCAGCAGCAGCAGCAGCAGCAGCAGCAGCGGCAGCAGCAGCAGCAGCAGCAACAGCAGCAACAGCAGCAGCAGCAACAGCAACUACAGUUUCUCCGACUCGAUCACUAAUCAAGCUCACGGCAGCGGCGGCGGCGGCGGCGGAUUGAAUUGCGGCAACAACGAUCAUCAGCAAACGACGCAAAAGUACGACGGGACGAAGACGAAGACGAAGACAAAGACGUAUGACGAUGCCGGCGAGCCGACGUACGGAACGAUCCGGUCGAACGGCACGAGAAUCGAGCCGCCGCAGCGAGCGAUGCAAAAUGCGAACGCGAAUCUCUACGAGAACGUCGCGUUCCCGACGACACGAAACAACAACGAUCAGUUCCAGAAUCGUUCCACCAUGCCAAAGAAGCACGGUCAGUUGUCGAACUCGUGCGAAAUGAUCGAGAAUAAGCUGACCGUAUCGAACGACGAUCUGCUCGAGGCGAUAGAGCAGCUGUCCAUGCUCUCUGCGAAAUCCAAAGAGAUCUGCGUGACCCCCAAGCGAAACAACACCGAGAGGGAUAACGCCAAGUCGAACGAGGCAAAGGCCGAUAAGGAGAGGAAGCAGCUGGAGGAGGAAGAUAGGAAGAAAUACAUCGAGUUUUUGCGCAGCGAGAAGCUACACAUCCUCGGCAACAUGGACGCGCUGAAGAGGAGCGUCGCUGAGAUCGAGGCACAGGAGGAGGAAAUUACCAGAGAGUUCGAGAUGGAGAAGGCGCUGCUGUCCGCGGAGUAUGAAUCGGAAUCGUUAAAGCUCGCGCAGGACGAGGGAGAAAAGAUCAAGGUGCAACUGCGAAUUAAUGAGCUAGAGAGAGAAAUGGCGGAGGAUAACGCGACUCAUUCGCAUUUGCAAGCCGAGGCGAAGCAGCGCGUUCAGAGAACACAGCAAGCCUGCGUCCGACUGGACGAACAAUUAGCCGGUUGUAUGGAUGAAAUUACACGGCAGGAUAUCGCCGACGAGCUCGCGGCGCAGCAGGAUGCUCUCGAGAGCGAGAGGAAAGCUUUCGAGGACAUGGAGUUUCAUCACCUCGAGGAAGAGGCGAGCAAAUUGGCCACCAGAGAAGAACUGCAGAGAUACUUGAGCGAGCUCACGAGCAAGAUCGAAACGAGAAAAUCGCAGUUGAACCACUUGGAGUCGCAGCGGUCCGAGGCGAAGAACGCGGCAACCAAAGACGCCAGGAGUCUCGAGAGACAGAAACUGGGACAUCUGAAGAGACUGGAGGAGGCCCGGAAUCGAGUGCGGGAGAUAAAUGAGGAGCUCGACUAUCUGGCUCAAAACUCCGCUGAGCAUUCUGAGGAGAAACGAUCCCCGAGCAGGGAAGACUUUGACAGAAUCUCCAGGGUGACCAACGACUCGCCGAUCGUGAACAAUCAGGGCAGUUUGGGCAGGAAGACGAUCGAGUCGCUGAAGGAAAUCGAGAGGAACCGGCAGCUUCACUUAGCUAAGCAAGGGAGCCAAGUAAUCUCGGAGGAAAGGCGCAGAGUGGAGGAGUUGAAGAGGCGCGUGCAGGACGAAGUUCGUUCGCAGUGGGAGGAGAGAAAGAUGAACUGCGCGUCUUUCAACAGCGUCGAAUCUGGCGAGGAGUCGUCCAGUUACUCGACCGGACCGACGGAAAGCGCUAGCGGAAGCAGCGACGGUGCGGAAGGCGGAAAUAGCGAAAAAUUGUCUCCCAGCAAGCUUUCGGAACUUACUUCGCCCAGUCCCGGACCGUCGAAUAACUCUUACAGUUUGCUUCAAAAUGAUAACAUGAGAGACGACAGAAGGACAUCGAUGGAAGGUGAGAGGCUUAGCAACAAUAGCAGCGGCGGCGGCGGCGGCGGCGGCGGCGGCGGCGGCGACGGCGGCGGUAGUGGAGGAAUCGGUGGUGGAGGAGUCGGUGGUGGCGGAGGCGGCGGCAGUGGCAGUGGCGGCGGCGGCGGCGGUGGCGGUGGAGGCGGCAUCAUCGAUGGAAACGGAAGUCGUCCGCUUUCUCAAACAUCUAGCGAGAUGGAUACGCUUGGGCCGCUGCAGCCCAUCAAACAUCGCGAAAAGGCAAAACUACAGAGGCCACUCACGAGAUACCUGCCUAUCAAGUCAGAGUCCUUGGACCUGAGGCAUCACAUAGAAACCGCCGGACACCAGUUACCCUUAAUCUACGAUGUCACGAUCGACACUACGAGCUGCAGUGGCUACUUGUCGAAGAUGAGCAAAAGGUUUCACCAUUGGAACAAACGGUGGUUCGUGUUUGAUCGCAAGCGCAAAAUGCUGUCUUAUUACAGCGACAACACGUCGAGAAAAACUCGCGGCGUAAUCUACUUUCAGUCGAUCGAGGAAGUCUACGUGGACCACAUGAAUACCGUAAAAUCGCCGCAACCUUCCCUCACUUUCAUCGUCAAAACUUCCACCAGACUCUAUCAUCUCAUGGCACCCAGCCCGGAAGCUAUGCGCGUUUGGGUCGACGUUGUGUUCACCGGAGCGGAAGGAUAUCACGAAUUCGAUCACGGCAUUUGACAGAGAACCUCGACGUGAAGUGAAACAACGACAAACGUAUGUCGCGUUGUGCCGGGAUCCAACAAAAGAUGAGAAUAUAAGCGAUUUUUUCAGUCUUGGAAAUUUUGCAAGAUAUCAUGUAAACAACUAUGCCGAGAGAAUGACUGCAAUUUUCGACGGGAAAACAAGAUAAAGCGAAGCAUCUGACUUACAGAUUGGAAAUGGCGAUUAUUUUUACGAAUUUUAACUCUUUGCGGUUGUAGUGCGUUUCUCUCUCUUUCUCUCUCUCUCUCUCUCUCUCUCUCUCUCUCUCUCUCGGAACAAUGCAUUGUCGGGUACAGCUCAGAUUAGACUAGCAAAGAUUACACAUUUUUUUUGCUAAUCGACAACAGAUCUUUCAAUAGGUUCUACGCGUCUACGUAAUGGAAAACUUUUGCAUAUCGGGCAACGUUUGUCGCCCGAUAUUAAAAAAGCAUUGUCCAUGUAUGGUAUCGAUCCUUAUGAGAGAUACGAAUACACUUGUUUGCACAACAGUUUGCACACGUUUUCUUCCGAUCAAGUUAGGAGUGCAUCAAAUUGCGCUCGAUUGCGAGCCAUCGCUCGCACGUGCUUGUAUGGUAAUCGGUACUUAACUUUUGGGAAUUAAUCUAAAGCAGGUUUUCUCAUUAUUAGACCACCAGCUACCUUCCAAACUACAUCGAGGAAAAAGUGUUUAAACGGCAUUGAAAUCAAGUGUACAUUAAAUGUAUCGAAAAACAAAGUAGAAAUAAGGAAGAUGUGAGAUUCAGGCUGCUAUAACGAACAGCGCAGUUGAGUACAGAUUAGUAAUAUAAAACGUCAGCUAUUUAUAUACGAAGAAUCGAAAUAAAUACUUUAGUACGUAUCAAAUGUUGUAGGCUUUAGAUUCGCGUAUCGAAUGUUACGGAUUAGAAAAUUCAGUUAUAUUAAAAUUCGUAAUUAUCGAGCUUUAUUUCAUUUUCAUUUGUUCACUUGAACGUUCAUGAAAAUUAAAAUUGUCUCGUCUGAUUGAUAUUCCCGGUCGACGUUUCAACAUGAAAUCAUCUUCUCGAGAAUAUCACAUGCGACAAAGCUGUCUAAAACAGAAAUGAAUCGCGAGGUGAUUCAUUCCGCGACAUUAAAUAUCUAUCUUCAAAAUCAUCACAACAAGAUCAAUUUCACAGAAAGUGUUUCUUCUUAUCUAUAUAUACUUAAUAAAAAUACGACGAAUUCUGACAAGGAAAGGAGAAAAAAGAAGUAUAUACACGAAAUCAUGUAGUAUCUCGAUAUUUACGUGCAAGUUAAACUAACGUUUGGCGUUUGACGAAUGUUUCUUUAAUAUUAUUAGAUUAUUUCGUUUAACUUAAUUUUUCUAUUUCCAUUGAAAAUUACACAUGUUUUAUAAGUAUUGAGAAUCGUAAGGAAGGUAUAUUUUUGGAAAAAAAAGAGGAAAAUCAAUUAAAGAAAGAUAGUGGGGAAUGGCCAACUGGGAGAAACUGCGAGGAAAUGUUUAAAUUUUAUUUAAGAGAGGUAUGUUAUACGUCCAGGGCAUAAAUCCAGAAAACCAAGACAGUCUCCCCUAACGUCGCUUCGCGAAUUUUGAACUGUACACACUAUUCGAAAGAGUGGGCAUUAAUAUAGUACAUCAUACGCAAGUAUUAUUCAUUAAUAUCCAAAUCAAUUAUGGACGGACCUCUACCGAUCUAUAAGUAUAGAUAGGCGUUAUUAAGGUUUGUUAAAUUUUAUAGAUACUUCUAAUCUAGUCUUCCAACGUAAAUGUAUGCAAGAUUUGUCAAAAAUUAUACACGAUCGAACGGAUUGUAAUGAAAUGAAGUUUUGCAAAAAUCUUUAUGCGUUCAAGUAUAGCGGAAGAAGAGAGCCAACGUUUUGUAAAUAUAGCAUAUAAUCUUAUCGUUAUUACGAUACGUGUAAUUCACACUUUGAUACCAUGCCAUACAAAUGCCAAGGAUUAAAUGGAUUGUAAGACUUUUUAGAAUUUUAUAAAGUUCACUGAAGCAUAUCUCCUGAAAUGAGCGCUGACUUAUUUCACACAGUAAAUGUUGAAAAGACCGAGAUAUUCUCUCUGAUGUACUAUCUCGAUAAGAUAUAUAUUUAAAUAAAUAUAUGCGCCUUGUCUUGCAUGGAUUGAACAA